UUUGCACUUUGCCAUGGCAACGAGUGAUCGAAGAGGUCGUCGCGAAAAUAAUGUUCAUUAUUUGAAAGAUGGGAAUUACCGCGGCAAGGUUACUAACCAAUUAUCGGUGACGCACGUAUUUUUAAAUUGUUAUCACAUGCCCACGGGCCGUGACGUCAUAAUUGUCGAUUGCCAAGAGAAAGAUCGGAUUCUGAUAACGUGUUGGUGAGCCGCGGCCCGCUAGCGCUACAGGUAGCAGAUAACGGCGCUAUUAUACUAUUAUUGCGAAAAUGAUGUUCAAUGUUUGCCGAUCAGUCAUUAUUGUAGAUCAGUGCGAAACAAUAAUUGUUUACCAGCUCGACGGACUUUCGUUGUUUACACAUCUCGGGACGAACAUUUUUUUCGCAUGCUAUAAUGGAUCCUACGUCAUGUUCGACCGUAUCGGAAGACUUUGCCAAUACAUCGAUAUCCGUUCUCCGUAUGCCGACCAGGGAACUAUUGUCGUGCAUGUUGAAUGCCACAAAAGUCAUUCCAUCAACCGAAAAAUUACCCAGGGAUUGGAGAGGAUUGUGCACACUUUUGAAUUAUACAAUACCAUCAGGAUGUGAUCCAACUAACCCAAUUGGUAAAAUAUUCCAGUUUUGUGAAGCAAAAACUAAUAUAGCACAUUUUACACGGUGUUUAGAACGAAUAGACAGGUAUGAUGUUGUGGAAGAUACCAAAGAAUUAUUUAUUUCUGAUGUUAUAUAUUUUAAAAAACAAUGUUCUUUAGCAAAUCCAACUCCAGUAGUACCGAACGAUUUUGACAUCAAUUUCAUUACUUUAGAUGAUAUAAAUUCAUCAAACAAUGGUCUUCCUCUUACAAGAUAUGAUGCAUUUUUGCUUUAUGAUAAUGCAGAUAUGCAAUCAGCUGCCGCUGUAGUAGAAAAAUUAGAAACUGAUUACAAGUUGAAGCUAUGCUUAAAAGAUCGAGAUUUAAGACCAGGUGUUAUGUUCGAGUAUCAGUCCAUAAUAAAAUUGAUAUCUGAUCGCUGUAAUUGGUUAAUUAUUAUAGUUUCAAAUAAUUUUUCAAACACCCCUUGGAAUAGAUUUAUUGUAAAUUAUAUACAGUCGUUAGCCAUUGAAAAACGGUUACCUAAAAUUAUUCCAUGUGUAUUUGGUGAUUGUGUAUUACCUGAAGAACUUAAAUGUUAUGUUCACUUAUAUUUUAAUUCAUAUAAUCCUUUUUGUGACCCAUGGCACAAAUUAAUGAUAACUGUAUCACCUUAUAAGAAUCCAGCGUUGACCGACAGUGUGAAGUCGAAUAAAAGUUACCAGAAGUUAAAAAUUAAGGAACUGGAUACCAGUACUACAGUUGUUGAUAAAAAGGUGGUAUGAACCCCUGUUUUUAAGUAGUAGUUUUUGCUUACGUAGUGUAUGUCGACCGCCGUCGCGAAAUUAUGUCUAACAAUGCGACGUCAGUCGAGUGUUACACGUCGAAGUUAUAAUACGUUUAAUGAAUAAUGAUACAUUAAUUAAUGUAAGUAUAUAUAAUAGUUAUGUUGUAAACCGUCUCAUAUUAAUAAACUAGUAGUAUCUCGAAGAA